CUAGAUUUCAGUCGUUGUGAAACGAUUCUACGGUUUUCCUCGUGCCUCUUAGUCGCGUAGUCUCUUCCGUUUUAUUAUUUUUUAUCAAAAUCAAUCUCUCUUUCAAAAUUGUGAUGGCUUUCGCUUUACGAGUCGGCUCCUCCAUUGUACGAUCGAGUAAAAACGGCUGUACGUUGAAGCGACGUUUCCUGUCGCUGAGCUCUCUUCGAUCAGGUACCAUUGUCCCAUUUAAGUUAUCGGACAUCGGAGAAGGCAUUCGAGAUGUCACUGUGAAGGAAUGGUUUGUAAAACCAGGUGAUAGAGUGUCUCAAUUUGAUAACAUCUGUGAGGUCCAAAGUGAUAAAGCCUCAGUAACGAUAACUAGUCGUUACGAUGGUUUUAUAAGAAAACUUUAUUACAAAGUAGAUGAGAUCGCUUUUAUUGGAAACCCUUUGGUAGACAUCGAGCUCAACGAGGAAAAUGUCGUCGAAAAGGAACAAGAAACGAAAACAGUGGAGACGAGGGAAGAGAAUGAGAACAGGGAGUUAGAAAAAAGGGAUGAUAAAGCGAUUUCAGAAUAUUCGAAGGAUAUCCAUUCCGAAAAGAUUCAAAUCAUUGCAACGCCAGCUGUCAGGAGACUGGCUACGGAGACCAAUAUUAAUCUUGCCGACGUCAUCGGCACUGGUAAAGAUGGACGUAUCCUCAAAGAAGACGUACUGGCACAUCUUGAAAAAUUCGAUUCAAAAAAGAAAAUUGAGGACGUUUCUCAGCAAACUGGGAAAACGAUUCCGAUAAAAAAAUAUUCCAAGCACAUGUGGACAACCAUGACACAAUCCCUGAGCAUACCACACUUUGUCUAUAGCGACGAAUGUAAUAUUACUGAAUUGAUACGUUAUCGAAACGAAGUGAAAGAUUCACUCAAAGAACAGGGUAUAUCUUUGUCUCUAAUGCCUUUUAUGAUAAAGGCUGCCUCGAAAGCUUUACAAGUGAUUCCCGAAUUAAACGGUUGGCUCGACGAAGGAAAACAAUGCAUACGAGUUUCUGAAAAACAUAACAUCGGUAUAGCCAUGGAUACUCCGGAAGGUCUAAUUGUUCCAAAUAUAAAGGACGUUCAGAAUCUCGGUAUUUUGUGUAUCGCUAAAGAAUUGAACAGACUUCAAGAACUCGGUAAGAAAGCAUCGAUUUCUUUGGCUGAUUUAUCCGACGCAACUUUCUCCUUAUCCAACAUUGGUGUGAUCGGAGGUAGUUAUACAAAGCCAGUGAUUCUCUCUCCACAAAUAGCGAUCGGAGCUUUCGGUAAAGUACAAAAGUUACCACGUUUCGAUGAAAAAGAUAACGUGAUAGCAGCUAAUAUAAUCGCUGUUAGUUGGGCUGCGGAUCAUCGAGUGAUCGACGGUGUUACGAUGGCAAAAUAUUCGAAUUUGUGGAAAUAUUACGUGGAACAUCCCAUCGAAUUAAUGUUGGAAUCAUGAAAUAUAUUUCAUUAUAUUACGACAAUGAUAAACAAAUUGACAGAACUACGUUGAUCGCUUGACUAAUAAACGAGAAUCUCUAAUAAUAAAUUUAUUAUGUAUAAUUUGAUAAUCCGAUGAUCUAGCUAAAAGUUAUUUAGAUUAUCGCUUAGAAAUUAUUUACGACAUAUUGAAAUAAAUCAACUCUCUUUGUUUUUUUUUUUCUUUUUUUUUUUUACGUAAAUAUUUAUUUCUUUAUUUAUUGCUGCACAACCAAAUAGAAUCUUUUUCGUACAGGUAAAAUAGUUUUCUCAACAUAUUGAAAAUGUUGCGCUCGGGUCGGUGUUCAUUGGCUUGGAUCGGCUUAUGAUGGACCGACCGAACGCUAACAUUUUUUAUUUUAUUCUAUUUUUAUUAUUAUUUUUUUUAUAUAUAUAUACAUCGAUCUAUUACUAGUUAUAUCAUGUAUGUAUAUUUUGAAGUAUGACAAUCAUAUCAAACAUGCACGCUAAUAAAGUGGUGGUACUAAUAGUCAAUGCAAACAAUUAUAAUUUUUUUCAAUAACAACAUAAGAAUCAAGAACGUACCAAUAAUAAUGUAAAUAAUAUUACGUUAGAUUAAAACACACUGACGAGGAUCUAAUAAAAAUGAAAUAUGUUUUCACAAAUAAAAUAAAAUCGUAAUACGAUAUCGAAAGUAUAAGGACGAGUACGACCACUUGAUUGAUUUCCCAUUCGCUUGACAUAUUUAUAUAUGUACAUUUGCGCUAAAUAUUAUCCCUUUUUUCAAUCAUACACUAACAUUCAGUCAUUUCAUUUUGUCAAACACCACCUUAAAGUGUUUCGUCCAAAAGAUAGUCAGUCUGUUUAAUAGUUAGAAUAGUAGAAAAAGUGUGUAUAUAUAUAUAAUAUAUUAAUGGUCCAAAUCCGUUUAAUACUUAAUAUAUGUUUUAGUGAUUGUUAUUAGCUCACUCUAUUCUCUGUAAGAUGUAGAACGAGAAACGUUUCCUCUCCCCCUAUCCCCAUUGCUUUUUAUUAACUUAAUUAUAUUGGUGGUCCUAAAAAAACAAACGUACAGAAAACAUAUCUGUUCGCGUUAAUAAUAAUACUUAAGAAUAUAGAAAGAAAAAAAUAAAUGUUUAUAGUGUCUAUCACGUACAAAAAGUCACAAAUUGAAUUUGUACAAAGAUACAAAUAAUAAUAAUAAUAAUAAUAAUAAUAAUAAUAAUAAUAAUAAUAAUAAUAAUAAUAAUAAUAAUAAUAAUAAUAAUAAUAAUAAUAUAGACGCGAAUAUAAAAAAUGGUAGUAUUUACGAUGUAACAGUAUCGCUUGUCACACUACUAGUUCGCGAAUAAAUGCACACAUACGUAAAAUGUGUAAAUGUCAUUGUCUGUUAUGACUAGGUUUAGAAUUUCUCUAUGUAACACAUAACAUACAUACAUAAAUGUGAAUACAAAGCUGCUCUCAUGCAUACAAAAAUAAUAAUAUAACUAUAAGUAAAGAUAGACGAUCUUAAGUAGUUCAUUUUUUCUACAAGAUUUUCACCUCUUGUUCAUUAACUUCCACAAAAGUGUGUUGUAUAAUUUCAAAAUUAGAUAUAUUGCGCCCUUUUUAAGAAUCAUCGCAAAAAAAUAAUUAUAUUUGUGUCGGAAGUACGUAGAUUAAUCUGCCGCUUUUUCUUUUUUCUUUUUCCCUUUUUUUUAACAUAUUAACUUGUAUAUCGUUAAAGAUUUGCACUGGAGUAUCGUAUAUUACAACUUAUCAUAUUAUAGUUAAAUAUAUUAAGUAACUACAAAUAUCUACACAUUUAGAAAUAAGAACUUCAGAAAAGAUUUUCUCUGUCUCCCUGUUAGUUACUCUUUUUUUUUGAGUUAUGUUAAGAAAGAAGGAACUGCUUUGAAAUGAUAUACAUAUGUGUGUAAGUUCAUCUUUGUAAAAUCUGUACAUUUAAGUGCAACUCUGUCAAAUGCAAUUCUUCUCCAAAUG